UGAUGGCCAAAGGGGUCGCAUGACAAAAGACAGAACCCCAGCAAGUCACAUGGGGCCUGAGGCACUGGGCGAAGAGCCAGGGGAUCACAGGUCGGCCGCUCCCUCGCCCAUCAAUUCUCCCCUUAGACAUUAAGCUGUCUCUUCAAUGGCUUUCAACAUUGAUGAAGCAAACCCAAAAAUCAUCAAGGGGGAGGAAAAGGAUUUCUUUGGAUACAAAGUCCUGCAAUUCAUAUCUGGCAAGGAGAAAGGGGUAAUGGUCAGUGCUCCAUAUCAGAAGAACGGAUCUGGUGGAAUCUGUAGAUGUGCUCUAGACAGAACAGACUGUACAGACUGUUACACUCCUCAAGAAACUGACACAAUCAAGUACAUUGGACUGUCUAUGGCUGGACAAUCUACUUCUCCUCCAACAUUCACUGCCUGCAGCCCUGGUCUGGCACACGAGUGUGAUGGGAACUCCUAUCUGAACAGUAUCUGUUAUCAGUUCAACAGCCAGCUCCAGAUCACCUCGAACUUCACACCUGCCUUCCAAGAAUGUACUAAGAAAAUAGUGGACCUCGUUUUCCUCUUUGACGGAUCAGGAAGCAUGACAACGGAGGAAUUUGAUAAGAGCAAAGGUUUCAUAGACAAUAUCAUGACAACCCUAAAAAACUCCUCAAUCAAGUUUGCAGCAGUUCAGUUCUCAUCAAGAUCCAGGACUGUUUUCAACUUCAAUGACUACAAAGAGGGGAGAGCCUUGACUAAUCUUUGGAAAGAAAAGCACAUGUCUAGUCUAACCAACACACAUCAGGCGAUAGACUUUCUUUUGAAAAACAUUUUUGAAAACCAAGCCGCCGGCGCCACCGCAGAUGCAACUAAAGUACUGGUCAUAAUAACAGAUGGAGAUCCCAGUGAUACUGAUAAAAGGUUUAAUUCUAUCAACAGAAGUGAUGACAAAAACAUCAUCCGUUUCGUUAUUGGGGUCAAGAAUGUCGAUUUGACGAAACUAAAGUCACUAGCAUCAGAGCCAAAAGAGAACAACACUUUCCUCAUCCAGGACUACAACGGACUAAAAGGAAUCCUAGACAACUUACAAAAAAAGAUCUUCAACAUUGAAGGUUCCAAGACUGCUCUGGCUGGAAACUUGACGAAAGAGAUGUCUCAGAGUGGGUUCAGUGCUGUCUACGUUAAUAAGGACACCUUGGUUUUGGGCUCAGUGGGAUCAAACAACUGGCGUGGAUCCCUCUUUGAGACUGAGGGUCAGAGAUCAGAGGAAAGGGAAAUUCAGGACCCCACAUUGGACAAAGACUCCUAUAUGGGAUACUCUGUAGCUGUUGGGAAGAAGAACGAGAACCUUCUAUAUUUUACCGGAGCACCAAGAUCUGAACACAUGGGACAGAUCCUACUUUUCAACAAGGUUAACAACAACUGGACUGUGGCACAAAGAUUGUCUGGAGAACAGAUGGGCUCCUACUUUGGGGCAGAGCUGUGUUCUGUGGACAUAGACUCAGACGGCAACACAGACUUCCUCCUGGUCGGUGCACCAAUGUUUCACCAACCACCGAGAGAGGGCAGGAUCUACGUCUACAUACUAACUGAUAAGCUGGAACUGAGGAUGGAGAUGUACGUUUCAGUGCUGGUUCAGGGUAGAUUCGGCUCCUCCAUCUCCUCUCUCACAGACCUGAAUGGAGAUGGGCUGAAGGAUGUAGCUGUGGGCGCUCCACUUGAGGACGAUCACAGGGGGGCCGUGUACAUCUACCUGGGUGAAAAGCUAAAGGGGAUCCGCCCUGAAUUCAGCCAGCGCAUCUCAGCUGCGAUGAUGAGAUCUAAGCUCCAGUUCUUUGGCCAGACAAUUGAUGGGAAGAUGGACCUGGGUGAGGAUGGACUGACUGAUAUCGUAGUAGGAACGUGUGGCACAGUUGUCGUCUUGAGGUCCAGACCAGUCCUCAGCAUCUCUGCUCAUCUCCACUUCCAUCCCUCGGAGAUCAGCACUGAUAACUUUGACUGUCUGGCAAAAGAGACCAUUUCCCCUGUGGUGACUUUGACAGCCUGCUUUAACAUGGCAGAGGCAACAAAGAGUAAAGCUGGGGUGCUGAGUGCAGGGAUGAACGUCUCCUACACGCUGGAUGUGGAUCCAGUAAGACAGAGGAGCCGGGCCUUUUACAAUGACACGAACAAAGGGGCCAGAAGUCUUCUCUCUACUGUGGAGCUGAGAAAGGAGCAGACCUGCUUCAACCACUCAGUCUACAUGACACAAUGCGUAAUUGACACAUUAUCGCCCAUAAUCAUCCAACUUAAUUUUUCUCAAUCUCAAAGCCAACAAGAGGGUUGUACUGCCAUUCUCAAUGCUGAUAGUCCUACAAAGGCUGUGGUUGAGGUGCCCUUUGAAAAGAACUGCAAAGAAAAUGAAACCUGUUUGGCAGAGCUUGAGGUGGACUUCAACUUCAUCACAUCAACUUUAUUAGUGGUGGACCAGAGUUACUUUAAUGUGACUAUAAGACUGUCCAAUCACGGGGAUGACUCCUAUAACACCAGUCUAACCCUCCUCUACCCUCCUGGCCUCUCAUUCUCCACGAUGCAUCUUCUGAAGUCCACAAGGAGAACAGUGUUCAGCUGUGGUGGUCUGGAAGAUGAAAUGGACAGAACUACAUGCAGUGUCAGCAUACCUGUCUACCGUAGUAAAACUACAGCAGUGUUCACCAGUAAAUUCCAUAUUUUGAAUACAUACAACUGGAACGACACAAUGGAAAUGACUGUCAUCGGCCUGAGCGACAAUGGAAACUCAACCAACAGUUCCCUAACCCGGACCAUCCCUGUUCAAUUUGCAGUUGACCUGGUAGCAAAAGCCCUUCCCCAAGACUCCACCACUUACAUGAACUUUACUCUGGAGGACACAUCACCUAAAAGACUGGUGAAUGUAUAUGAGGUGCAGAACUUGGGAUUUAACUCUGUACCAGUCACAGUCACAUUCACUUUCCCAACUAAGCUUGAGCACAGAUUUGAAAUGAAGGACUACGAAAUAUCUGUCUUACAGAACCACACUCAAUGUGGAAAGGUUAUCAAUUCAACAACAGAGUACUGCUCUCCAGAAAAAUACUGCAAGUCCAUCGAGUGUGAAAGUUUCCUUUUGGAGAAGUUUUUGACAGUUACAUUUGUGCUGUCUGGAAAUGUUUCCUUCAAGGACCUCGAUCAACAUGCAAAGAGCUUGUCAUUGCCAAAGAAAUUCACUGGGGACAGAGAAACAGUCAACUUCAUCAGUUUAGUCAAACUCAGCUAUGACAAAAAACGAUAUGCCCAGACAGCGAGUGACCCAGGGGACAACUCUACAAGCUUCCACCAAACACAGAUUGAUGUCCAGGCUGAGAUCAUCAUUCAUCCACAAAGAGAGCUGAUACUAGGGACAGGAGUUGGAGUAGGACUCUUUCUCCUGCUCAUCGUCACAAUGGCCAUGUAUACGAUGGGAUGCUUCCAGAGAAAAAGCCCUGAUUAUGACGAGAAUGAGGGGGAAGAGUGAGCAAGAUGACGCUGCUAAGGCUAACAAUGUCUAUGCUAAUGCUUUGGAGAAGCAGCCAAAGAGAGCGGAGGAGUGGAGUCAAAACGUCUCCUUGUGGCUUCCACGCUAGCAAUGAGGGGGUAGGGGAGGGACCAAAAGAGAAACAGGAUGUGUCAGAGUCAGAUGCAGGCUAAAGGAGUAGUAGUCUAAGCAAAAAAAGAGCGAUUCAGACUUACCUUAUGUUGCUUCCUUAUGCACACUGAAUAUAUGUAAUUCAACCACCCAAAACCCUUCCACUUGUUGGCCAACAGCUUCACAUGGUGUUUUCGUUCAAUAAGGUUUUCAGUACACUUAUCUAAUAUUUAAAUGGAUUGAACUACUGAAUGGCAACUUUCAGGAUUAAUCAAACCAUUAUACUGAAAAGGGCAUACAUUCUCUAAGGGGCCUGACUCAAGUUUUAGGAAACAAGUGCCUUUUCUACGCAACUCUCAGUAGUUGGUAUACAGACUUUACUUAUACAGGUAUGCAAUAGGCUUUGGAGGCCUGGUUUCCUUGGGCACACUUAAUUUAAUUAAACAGCUGAAAACCUUCCCACUUGCUGGCCAACAGAUUUCCUUGUGGAGUUGUCAUUCAAUAGGGUUUUCAAAACAUUUAUCUUAAGCCAUCCCUUUAAAUACAGUAUAGCUUUAAUUAUACAUAUAAGCCAUCCCUUUAAAUACAGUAUAGCUUUAAUUAGAAUUUGUCGACAGACUAGAAUACAUUGAGAACGUGUUCAGCAUAUAUGGAUCAAUGAAAAAUAGCCAUCUAAAUAUGCAUAUUCAUCUCUAUUUCAGCACCAACUGGUAUAUUUAGGGACAUUUUGGGGUUAUAAAAAAACUGCUUUAGAGCCUUUAGGCACAAUAUAUAUUGAUGAAUAAAAACAGUGGUUUGAUUCAUCCUGAAAGUUACCAAAUUCAAUCCAUGAAAUUUUGGAAGGUGUAAAAAAAUGCAAAUAAAAAGUGUACAAUAAGUUUUGAAUAGUCCUACCCUAAUCAUAGAGUUGUAUGACAGUCCAGCCACAACAUGUUGGCUGGGUGAGGGUGGACGCCAACGUUUUGGUUCUUUUUCCCGUCAUAGUAAGUGUUUAACUGACUUGCCUAGUUAAAUAAAGGUACAAAUAAAAAAUAAAUAAAUUGUGCUGGAUUUAUUACUUGUGCUUUGAGAUGAUCAAAAUGAUCAAUACUUUAGUUAUGUGCCUUUUGUAAUGUCUUCAUGGUGGCAGCCCAGGUGCAAUGUGUGAGAUGGUGGAAAUCAGAUUUUAAAAAGGUAUUGACAGCCUAAAUUUGCUCUGGUGCAAUACAUUUCCUCAACAAGUCACAAUGUGUUGGACUCCACCUGUGUAAGAAAUGUAUAGAUCACCCACCUUAAAUUAACCUGUAAGGAUAAAUACCCCUCUUUCUGUAUGGUCCCACAGUAUGAUAGAGACUUUCAAAAGAAAGAGCAAGUCAGAGAUGUGAUUAUAGAGAAGCACAAAUCUGGGGAAGGGUACACAACCAUUUCAACGUCACUGAAAGUCCCUUGAGCUCAGUGCAGUCCGAGUGGAAAAAUAAACUACCACGACACAUCCUAGAUCAGGCCCCCACUUUAAGCUUAGCUGCCUGAUAGGAAAGGCACCGAGGGAAGCUACUGUGAGGCCAACUGGGACUCUGAAUGAGUUACAUUAGUCACAAAUAAAAGUUCCCAAUCAAAUGCAUCAGAAUCCAAGGCUGUGAGACUUAUAUAAUAAAGUGAUGGGGGCCAUAUACUGUAAUUAAAACAUUCUAAAGUGCAUACAAUAUAGCAACUCUGCUGGUUCAGCCUUAGAAGCCUAAUGACCACCAGAUGCAUACGCUUUGCUUUUCAACUAGCUAUUCGGAGUCUGUGUGUACUUCCAUUUGUACCGCUGCACGGUAAACCAACACAGGAGUUAAAUAUCGACCGCACGUGGUACACAGAACGCACCGCAGCCUAGUGCGGCUCCCCCAACAUAGCAUUGCGGACUGCUCCUUUAACAAUUAAUGACUUCCGCCUGAAUGCAAAGAGUUUGAUGCAUCUGGUGGACAUAAGGCAUAAAGUACUUUUUCGCAGCACUGUACCUUACUAUAAGAAAAGAGAAGCACUACAUGCAGAGCAGAACUGGUGCAGAAUUAGUUUAAAUAAUUACAUUUUCCACAUGAGAAUAAGAAUCAGCUGAGUGUAAUAACAUUCCAUUGUUCACUCAUCAAAUAAGAGGAAAUGUAGUCGGCAGCAGUGGAGGAAGAGGGCAACGGUUAGUUGUUACUAGUUAACUCAUUGUUCCAAUAUGUUACUUUCUGCUUUAAUAAAAAUGAAAUGUCAUUCGUUUUUUUAACAUUAAAUAACCAAAUGUACAUUUUAUUCUGUAAAAAAAACAUCAACAUGCCUCAUCUAAGAAAAUCCCUAAACAAUUCUCACCAAGACGGACUAGGCUGACAAUUCAUCAGUAACAUUAGCGGUUGCUAAGUAAUGAUAUCAAUGGGACACGUUUUAUCAAAUGGAGUUAAGGAGGGUUGUGUGCACACGCGUGUAAUUGUUUUCUUGCAUUUUACACAAUCAUUUUUGCAAUGAAUUGCUGUUCUGAUCUGUUAGCAGGAAAAUACACUAGAGCAAAAGCAUUCAUAUGAAGGCCAAGUGUUUGUGUAAGUCUUGGUGUGUAGUCCAUUCACCGACAGUGCAUACAAUAUGAGCCAUAGUCCAAAUGCAGUUACUGUCUGAAGGGAGAUUAUGUGGGGUCAAGUCUUAAAAAGGUCUUUCAGUGUUUUGUCACCCACGUUGUCACUUUUGCCCCUCAUUUGUCCAGAUAGUCGCUGUGGUUGUACAUCAGUGUUACGUCGAGUGAUCCGUACCAUCGCUUGGAUUGGAAGGUUGUGAACGCCGGGGGUAUCCACCUGGACCCGACUCCUACCUGAAUUCCCAGAGGGAAUGAGAUGCUCUCCUGCAGUCUCCUGAGAGUUGGAGUCCGGUGGGGAAGGCUGUGGCCUGAGUCCUGCAGGACUGGACAGUCCAACAGCAGGACCUGAUGUUCUCUCAGUAGAGGGGGAGGCCAGAGGGGCAGACGG